UCACAUCUUGAUUUCUGCAGUGACAGGAUGUUCAAGAAAACCUCCUGGAGGAACACGGUCAGUGAUGCGGUGAGUCUCCAUCAGGACCAAGCGCUCAACACAACCAUCUUCCUCCUGAAGUCCUCCGGCCCCACAGGGUUCCUGCUCCGAGCGGAGGGAGACAUCAGAACCUACAAGGUCUGCCUGGGUGACCCACACACGUGCACGUGCGUUGUGUUCACCAAGAAGCAGGAGCCGUGCACACACAUCUGCUGGGUUUUGUUGCGGAAAUUCAGAAUACCCAGAGAACAUGAAUAUUCAUUUCAACACGGACUUGUUGAGAGACAGAUCUCUGAGGUGCUCGACGGUUUACACCAGCCCAAAGCCCACCGGAUGGAAACCGAUCACGCCGCCGCUCCCGGGGCCUGGAGCCGAGCCGCCCCGGGCCCGGAGCCUGGAAGUGUCUGCCGGAAGCCGAUCCAGGCCCAGGAUGUGUGUCCCAUCUGUCAGGAGGAGCUGCUGGAGAGAAAACUGCCGGUGUCUUACUGCAGGUCCAGUUGUGGCAACAACGUCCACAUGUCUUGCAUGAAGGUGUGGGCGGAUCACCAGAGGCUGCUGGGCCACGAGGAGACGGUGAAGUGUCCUUUGUGCCGGGAGGACUUCAGCUCGGGGACGUUUCUCCAGGAGCAGGUGAAGAACGCAGAGAAGCUCUUCACGGCUGCAGAGAGAGAGAAGCCGAACAGACACCUGGGAGUUUCCUGUCACGUCUGCCAGAUCUGCCCGAUCACUGGCAAAUGUUUCAAAUGCACAGUCUGCAGUUACCUGUACCUGUGUGAGGACUGUUCAAAGAGAGGCUGCCACCCACAGCAUCCGCUAGCUUCACGAGCAACAAGAAGAGAUGAGUGGCACCUUGUGGACCAGAGAGAGGAAGCAAAGGGAGACGCCUCUCAGUCCACAAAUGACAGCUUCCUGCCUGUGGCUUCAGACCGUCUUCCAGAAAACGUGUUGGGAAGUCUCCCGACUGUCCAGGUGAGAUCCGGGUCUCGGCUCCUGGACGAGGGGCAGCAGUGUCGGAUCUGUCUGCAGAGUUUUACCCUCGGCCAGCGUGUCCGAACUCUGCCCUGUCAGCACAAGUUCCACGCGGACUGUGUGGACGAGAUCCUGCGGAAGUCGAACUCCUGCCCUCUGGAUGGAUUUAUCAUUUAUAACCCUUUGACCUGGAGAGCCAGUGAGAAGAAGACCUCCAGCUCCUCCAGAAGCUUAACCAAACCAGACGAUGGUUUAAAGGACCUGUUCAUCCCCGGGGUGGCUCUGCUGCACAGGAACGCUUCAUCUGCUCCUUCACGUGAUCCCUCAGAAACUAUCCACCUCCCUCACGAGCUAAGUGACCAGUUUGUUGACUUGUCUGUUCAGAGAGGAAAAGGAGUUUUGCAGAAACAACAAACUCAAGUGUUCCCUGACGCCGUCUCCUCAAAACUCAGAGAGCAGCAGCAGAUGAACCUGUUUGUAGGUUCUCACCGAGCAGAACCAGUUCACACAGCUGCUGCAGCGUUUCCUGUGCGGAGAACUUCAGCUCAGCCCAAAAGAUCCGGCCUCACUGCUCAGGACAAGACGGAGAAACUCACCUCAGAGCUCAAAAUGACCGGGGUCUUAAUGAGCUCAUAUCACAGGAAGACAGACAUUUAAAGUUUAGCUUCGUAGAUUGUUUAUAAAAACAAAAGCUCCUGAACAACAGUUGGUAUCAAGUAGUUUUAUUAAUUAUAGUGCACAAAAAGACUAAUAACACUACCAUUACUAAACACAAGAGGGGGGAGAAAGAAACUAAUGUUGAAAGGCUCGACACACGAGGAGCUCAGGAUCGAACAAAUCAACACAAACACACUCAGCGAGGGCACUUUGAAAUGGGAGUGGCAGUCGGGUGGUAAAAACAAAGUGUUCACAAACUGCUGGUGUCCUCGCUGGAGACACACUGGGAGGAGUCACUGGUGAUUUGUUCGUUAUCUGAAAUGAUUUAAGUGCUCGACUUGUUGCUAAAGUUAAAAAAUACAAAGCUCAGGGUUUGUUUUUUACACUCUCCUAAAAAGACCAGGCUCAGAUUCAAAUAAAUAAUCCACGUUGAUAACACAAUAAAAAGAGAAACACACCUCAGUCACAGUCCAAGAUA